AUGUCUCCAGGUGCAGUUACAACAAAUGGCAUAGGCAUCGCCAACUUACCGAACCAGCGUCACAAGAUUGUGGCCAAGCGCGGUACCAACUUCACUUUGAUGGUUGUUGUCGUCAGCUGCGCUCCCUCGGGGAAAGAGAUGAGGACAACUUUUAUCAAUACUCUUUUCACCACCACCAUCAAGGAAAAGAAAAACCAAGCAAAACGGCACGCUAAACAGACGGAGAAAACCGUCGAGAUUGAGAUAACAAAGGCCGAACUCGAAGAGAAAAUGUUUAACGUAAAGCUCACGGUCAUUGACACGCCCGGAUUUGGGGACUAUGUAAACAAUCGUGAUAGUUGGUUACCCAUUGUCGAAUUUAUUGACGACCAACACGAAUCGUAUAUGCGCCAAGAGCAACAGCCACAUCGUAAAGAAAAGUUGGACAUGCGCGUUCACUCCUGCCUUUAUUUCAUUCGCCCAACCGGCCACACGUUGAAGCCAUUGGACAUUGAGAUCAUGAAGCGUUUGGGUUCUCGUGUUAAUCUAAUUCCAGUUAUCGCCAAGGCCGACACCUUGACACCUAGAGACUUGGAAACUUUCAAGAGAAGA